CGCAAAGUAAAAGUGACAGCUGGAAAAUGGCGUCCGGAAUGAUAUGCGGUGUUUAUUUUUAUUUAUAUCCUUGAAAACUCGAGUAUUAUCACGAUAAUAAUGACAGUGUUUGUAUAGUGCCAGCCAUGAGUAACGUGUCUGUCGACAUGGCUUCUGGAUCAGAGGCUCACGCGUCGGCGUAUGUGGAUAGUUCGUCGGACGACGAAUGUCUUUUAGCCGUGAAACGAAAAGCCGAAAUCGCGGGAGAAAAUGAGAAAAAAGGUAGAUAUGACGAAGACAGUGAUGGGGAGCCGAUCAUGGCUGGUGUCCUGGUCACCGUGGAGGUUGAGGAAAUCGACGAGGACCCCUUGGAUUUUAAUAAAACCGACAAACCGAAGAAAUCGAAAAGAAAAAAGCAAAUCAAAGAAAAGGUAAACAAGGGACGGACACACCGUUGUACAGUCUGUGACACGGAGUUCAAUACCAGUGCCGAGUUAAAAACCCAUGGACUCGAACACCAAGUCAAAACAAGGCAUAAAUGUGAGACCUGCGGGAGGUACUUCAAAAAGGCUUUCAGUUUGAGAAUGCAUUCGAAGGUUCACUUAGAGAAGGGACCGCCUCAAUGCACUCUCUGCGGACUUAAAUUUAAUUUAAAACACUAUUUGGCAAGACACAUGGCAACACACGAACGGACGGCGGAAUGUGACCAGUGCGAUGCGAAGUUCCACACAAACUUGCAGCUAAAGAAUCAUACGAAACAAGCGCAUUCCAAAAAGAGGGUAGAACAAGAUAAUUUAACGAAAACAACCCACGAAACAGCAAACCCAAGCUCUUCAGCCGGCUACAACACGCAAUCAGACCAAGACAUCAAAAACUCAGAAGACGAAUCCGGUAAGCCAACAUUUUUGUUCAACGAAUUUGAAGGUUGUCUCAAAAGGGAGGAUCUAAGUCACCCCACACAAUGUGCUAUUGUCAGUAAAAUGCAUAAAGGUAGAUCUGUAUCAGACGUGUGCAGGCUAUACAACCUAACCCCAGAAAUAGUUAACGAGAUUUGGGAGGAUAGAGAAAAAUACGCGUUACCCAAAAAGGCAGGGAAAAGAACCACGAGAUAUAUGAACAGUAUUCUCGAUACGAGGAUCGUAGAAUGGUUCCAAACCCAGAAAGCUAAUGACAUACAAGUCUCGGGCAAAAUGCUACAAGAUAUCGCCGAGAGCUUUGCAAAAGAGUCCGGAUUCGUUGCCUUUAAUGGCAGCAAGAAAUGGCUAGAUAGAUUCAAAAAGAGAUACAAUAUCACUCUUAGAGGCACCCCUUGCAAAAGAGAUUAUCACAAUCAAAUGGAAUCGAAAUGGAAAAACCAUUUCUUUAAAGAACAGUGGAGUGAUGCUAGAUUAGGGAUACCGGAUGAGGAUAUAUACACAGCUGAUGAAUUUGGCUUCUAUUAUAACCCUUCGAAAGGUCGAAUAAAAAAACUAGCAGGGAAAAAGUACAUACAAGGGUAUGUUAAAGACAGAUUGUCAGUUUUCCUUUGUGCUAACAUGCCUGGCACGGAUAAAAAAAAAUUGUUAGUCUGUGGUACUGAAGAUCCUUUACUCCAUUCGUUUCGGGAUCCUGAAACUUUGCCAGUUACCUAUAUAAGGCACCCACAAGCUCAUUUCACCACUCAAAUGUUUGAAGAGUAUGUCAAAUAUUGGAAUAGAGAGCUUCAAUUAAAAGAUCGCAAAGCAAUUUUAGUUUUAGACAGGGCUACGAUACAUUCAAAAUUGCAAUUAUCACAUUUGAAACUGGUCUUUGUACCUUGGAAAGCAUCUAACGGUUUAAUACCAAUGAAAAAUGGGGUUUCGGCGAAAUUUCGCGACGAAUUUCGAAGGUUGAUUCUUGAAGAGAAAGCUAUGAAUGUUUUAAGAGGUGUCGAUAGAAAUAUAACAUGCUUAGAGGCGCUCAAUAUGCUAGAUAAGGCCUGGGAGAGAACGCCACCUGAUGCGAUCACGAAAAGCUUCUUAGACACAGGCUAUGACGUAACUGUACCAGAGGAAAUUAGGCAUGUAGACAAACCAAAAGUUUACGAGAAUGAUGAGGAAAUACUAGCAAACAUGUUGAAAGAUUAUGAUGUUGAGUCGUAUUUCACUAAUCUGGGUCAUUUAGACCAAUAUUUAACGGUUGAUGAAGAAUUAGUGACUGGACAAGGGACAAACGGUUCAGUCUUUGGUGGGAAUCACAAAGUUGUUGAUCCUAUAAGUAGUGCAGAGAAGGAAAAAGAGGAUUUAAUGCCUCUAGCUACUAAUAAACCUGAGUCGGAGGAAAAGGAGGUCUUAGUUAGGAAGUCUAGGGCGUUACAAGAUCUGGAUAUAGUGAGAAAGUUUUUGCAAUCAAAUACAACUACUUUUGAUACAUUCUGUUGUUUCAUGGAAAUUGAAAAGUUUGUUAUGCAAACCGUUAUAGGUUAGUGUUUUUUUUUAAUUUUAAGAGUAUGUUUUAGCCAUAGUCAAAUCAAAACGUAGACAAUGUUUAAGUGUUAUAAAAGAAGGUUUUUAAGAAUCUAAGACAAAAUUAGUAGAAAAUGACAAGAAAGUCAACGUUAAAUGAAAUCAGCAAAAUACACGAGAGGAGCUCGUGGCUAAGC